AUGGAUAGGCUCAUAAGAUUAGAUCCAUCAAACAUAGUAAUAAUGAGAGUUGAACCAGGGCAAAAGUGCCAAGGCAAGAUCACCUUACGCAAUGUGAUGUACACAAUGCCAGUGGCCUUCAGACUUCAACCUCUAAUCAAAACACGUUACACAGUGAAGCCUCAAUCAGGGAUCAUAUCCCCUUUAGCCACAAUCGCCAUAGAGAUCACUUACCUUCUCCCACAAGGCUCCAGUUUCCCUUUAUCUUUCCCUCACUCAGAUGACACCUUUCUCUUACACAGUGUGCUUGUUCCUGGUGCAGCAAUCAAGGAACCUUCUUCCAUGUUUGAUGCUGUCCCUAAUGACUAUUUUACCACCAAAAAGAAACAAGUCUUCAUAGACAGUGGCAUCAAAGUCAUGUUUGUGGGGUCACAGAUUCUAUCCCAACUUGUAGCACAUGGUUCAAUGGAUGAAAUAAGAGAAGUACUAGAAAAAAGUGACCCACUAUGGAAAUCUGUGAACUCCACUGACCCACAAGGCCAAACAUUGCUCCACUUGACAAUUUCACAAAAAAGACCCGAUCUUGUUCAAUUGCUCCUAGAAUUUGAGCCUGACAUAGAAGCAACAAACUGUUCUGGCUCAACCCCACUUGAGGCUGCAUCUUCCUCUGGUGAAGCCUUAAUAGUUGAGCUUCUUUUGGCUCACAAAGCCAACACAGAACGAUCAGAAUCUUCCCUCUUUGGUCCAAUCCAUCAUGCAGCAAGAGGAGGGCACGUAGAGGUUCUAAGACUUCUUUUGCUCAAAGGAGCCAAAGUGGACUCACUCACAAGAGAUGGUAACACAGCCUUGCACCUUGCAGUUGAAGAACACAGAAGAGACUGUGUAAAACUCUUGCUGGCAAACGGUGCUAAUACAAAUGUUACAAACUCAAGAGAAGGUGACACCCCUUUACAUAUAGCGUCGUCAUUAGGUGAUGAGAGCAUAGUCAAGCUCUUGCUCCAGAAGGGUGGUGCUAAAAAGGGUGUGAGAAAUGGACAAGGGAAAACAGCAUAUGAUAUUGCAGAUGAAAAUGGGCAUGCUCACCUCUUUGAUGCUUUGUGUUUAGGGGAUAAGUUAUGCAUAGCUUCAAGGAAAGGUGAAGUGAGGAGCAUCCAGAAGCUUCUAGAGAAUGGUGCAGGAAUCAAUGGAAGGGACCAACAUGGUUGGACAGCACUGCAUAGAGCUUCGUUCAAAGGGAGAGUUGAUGCAGUUAAGGUUCUUGUGGAGAGAGGGGUAGACGUUGAUGCAAAGGAUGAAGAAGGGUACACUGCAUUGCACUGUGCUGUUGAAUCCGGGCAUGCUGAUGUGACUGAGCUUUUGGUGAAGAAAGGUGCUGAUGUUGAAGCAAGGACUAGUAAGGGUGUGAGUGUGUUGCAAAUUGCUGAGUCUUUGCACUAUGUGGGGAUCACGAGGAUUCUUGUGAAUGGUGGGGCUUGUAGGGACAAUAAUGUGGAUCAUGUACCUUCAGCACUUGUUGCUAUUCCUUUUGGGCAUAAAAUGGAAGUAGGGGGUGUUGUAAAGAAGAAAAAGUUUGGAAGCAGAACCAGAGUGUUGAAGGGUGGUAGCAUGGAUCGUUCCAUGGCUUUGGCUGUGCUCUAA